GAAAUCAGAAUGAAUGAGAACUGUGACGAAAAUGAGGUCCAAGCAGGAAGUGACAACAACAGCGAGAACGGUGAGGAGAAUGACAAUGUCGAAGGUGACGUAGACAUGUCCAUAAGUAGCAUUAGCGAUGCUGAAGACGAGGGUGGCGACGAAGCUUGGAAAAUGCUGGCUUCAGCUGCCCAGCCUGAAGAGGAAGCCCCGGAUGCUCAAGGUGGCACAAGUUGCAGUUUCGCAAAAGGGGGUGGAAGGCCAAAGAAUGCCCCGGACAAGAAAGGGGUCGAUGCAAACAAAGUCAUUCCUGUUGUCAAGUGUGGAGGAAGCCAAGCCAAGAACCGCAAACAGGGUAGUGAGAAUGCCAGUAGUCAGAAGAACUAUAGUAAGAGCAACAGUAGUGAGGCUGUAAACCCUCAAUAUGGUAAAUAUAAGAAUAAUGCAAGUCAAGGCACCAACAGUAGCAAGAACAUCCAAAACCAGCCAAACAAGAAUGGCAAAGGCAUGCCAAACCAACAGAACAGAAAUGCAAAUCAACCGAAUAGUAAGAACAUUGGGAACCAGCAACACAACAACGGAAGUAGUGACAACCAGCAAAACAACAAGAACAAGAACAGCAGCAACAACUCCAAUAACAACAACAGUGGCAGCAACAACAACUUCAACAACAACAACAACAACAAAAACAAAGAUACCAAGAAGAAGAAGGAUGAAGGGGGUGGCUCUGGCAUGCUUGGGCAGAUCAAGUCCAUCCUCUCCCCCCUUGUCAAGAGAGAUGACGGAACUCCAGAGAUUGUAGACAGCUUUGUGCUCAGGAUGCACUACUCCUUUGGGGUGUCAGUGUUUGUCUUGGCAUUCAGUAUUGUACAAGCAAACUGGUUCACCAAAGAGGCUGUUCACUGUGUUUUUGGAUUCAAUGCUGACAGGACAGUGACUCCAGCUAUCAAAAACACCUGUCUCUCAUAUCCGUAUACGUGUAAGCCCCCAAGAGAAACAGUGUAUGACGGAGAAGACUGCCCACGGCAAUACCUGAUGUUCUAUCGGUGGAUCCACUUCAGUUUCUUGGCAUUGGCUGGCAUUUACUACCUUCCAAGAAUAGUUGCUAAGAAGACGAGUCACUCUCCUCUCAAGAAGUUGCUUUCUCAUCUCAUUUCUAUGGAGAAAAGGUAUGAUGACUCAGCUUUUGAAAAUGGAGUAAGCAAGAUGGUGACUUACUUUGAAAACCAUUUCUCGGUGCAUGGCUCACUCUACACUAGACUUCUCAUGUGUCAUGUUAUUGCAGUAGUCAUAGAUGUUGGUUCUUUUAUCUACCUGGAUUUCUUCAUGCAGGAAAACUUUAUUGGAUUGAUAUACAAUUCUUAUCCAUUCCAACGAAAUCCAGGGAAUUUCUCUGACAAUUUGUACCAGGUCUUUCCUCCGUUUGUGUUCUGCUCUAUAGAUGAAUACAAUUUAAUCAACAAUGCAAGAGUUGAUGUACUGCAUUGCCAUUUGCUGCUUAUGGAACUCUAUGAGAAAGUGUUUGUAAUACUUUGGGUUAUGCUGGCAUUUCUAAUGGUGAUUGCAGUAGUUUCCUUGGUUGUGUUAUUACUUAUUGUAUUGCCUCCCUUCAAUAGGGUUUUUCUCUUUACAUUUACAACAUCCAAAAAGGUUAAGAAAAUAAAAAGAAAAGUACGCCGCAUCUUUGGCUAUGGAGAUUUGCAUGUCAUGCAUAUGAUGAAGAGUCACGUGAGUGAAGGACAGUUCAUCACAUUCCUUGGACAACUUGUUGAGAAUCCUCGUUUGAAAUUUGAUGCGAUGUUUCCAAGUGAAAAAGAGGGACUGAUAAUAAGAAAUGUUAUGGAGGAUGUUAACUCUAUAACUGUACCAUUGAAUCAACAUGAACCCAGUCACUACCUGCCUCCAGGGACUCUGCAGCCAGAUACUGUCUUAACCCUGCCAAGUGAUUCUCUUCUGCCAGACCUCCAUUACCAAAAUGGUAGUCGCACUCAAGGCCAUACCUCCUCCACUCCUAAACCUAAGUCACGACUCCUUCCUCCUUUUUUUAAAAGUGAAAAGCAUGCUGACCUGUACCCAAUUAUUGAGAUCACUCCGUGAAUUGAUGAUUCAGUGUAAAAAGAUCAGAUACUUUGUAAAAGAUAUAGGAAAGGAAUUUUCUAAGUGAACUAGUCCUUAUGGUAUACAUCUACGAUAAAGUAUAAACUAUGAAUAGAAUGGUAUGAAUUAGGUGCCUCUUUCUAUUAAUUUCCAGAAAGUUUGACAAGCUAUGUUCAUACUUUGUUAAUUUAUGUUUAUUUAAUAUACAAGUAAUGAAUUCCAUGGAAAUGGAAAGUUUAUUUCAGGUAUAUUUUAUUUUCAGAAUUCAUUUGCUUACAUUAUUGUCCUCAGGGUUAUGUGGGUUCUUCAAAUAAUUAAUUUUGUGUUUAAUAGAAAAUCCUCUAUUCUCUAAGUUGGGUGAAGGACUAAGUCUUAGGCAUACUACAUUAUAUAUUUGGAGAAUAUCAGUUUCAUCUUGCAGUCAUUACCAAUCGUGACAUAAAAUCUCAAAUUUUUUGUUUGCAAACCCUGUCAUGAUGGGGCCAGAAUUUUCUGUGAUAUAAUCCUGUACUUAUGACAGUAGAGUGAAACAUGAUGCCUUUUGACACAAUACCCAAAUAUGUCGUGAGGAUUAACCCAUCACUGAGGAGCUAAUACAUACUUAAUUUGCCCCUCAAAAAUCAAAUAAAAAUAGAAGCUGCUUUGCUAUAUAUUUUGGUUUUGUAUAUUUGUUGAUUUUAAAGAAUGUCUUUACACAAGCCUAGAAGAGAACUUUCAGUUAAUCCAGUUUGUCACUUAUUUGCUGUUUAUUCUUUCAAUAUGUUAAAGAUUUUUGUUCUUUGGUUUCAUGACCAAAUUUUGAACUUACUUAAAACAAAGAAAAUGUACUCAUAAUAAACUAAAGAUAAUAAGCCUUAUUAAAUCAUAAAUUUUGUUUUUAUAUGGUCCCUUUCUUUUUAUAUAUUUGUUGCUGCUACUAGAGGAAAUAAACAAUCUCCAUCUGCUAA